UUGAGAGUGUCGGUAAGGAGGCGGGAAAUGGCGUCUGGAGGAGCAGCGCAAGAGCGCACUGACGGUCUCUGAAUACAGCCAGCUAGUCUAGAGACGGCUAAAGACCAGCGGCCGCCCCCCGCCGUGGCUAUCAACAGCCAGGCAAUCUCAGCCACCUCAGCGAGGAGAUACUGCAGUCUGUGGCAAUCUUUCAUGUGACGGCUGGCACGAUGAGGCUGAGAAUGCGUAAGGCGUCUCAGCAGCCCACCCCGGCCCACGCGCCCCGCCCGUCCCGGACCAAGCGGAGGCACUCGGAGGUGGAGGAGUGCGUGCCCGCCGGCGGGGGCAAGAUGAGGAAGAACGACACGGGCCUGCUCUCCACCAUCAAGAAGUUCAUCAGAGGAAACGCCGUCAAGGUGGAGCAGGAGAACCCGGCGAAGAGGAGCCGCAUGGACUGCAGCCUGGAUGCCAACCUCAUUUCCUCCACACCACACACCGGGGACCUGCCCAACAAGGCCAUGCCCCGCGUCCGACGGAGAGGGCCCGUCAACGGGGACGCCACCAACCACGACACGAGCAAGCCGGCCAAGCCCAACGGGAAGCUGGAGCAGACGGCCGACGCCGCCACCAGCCCGCCCCGCACCACCCUGCUGGGCACCAUCUUCUCUCCCGUCUUCAACUUCUUCUCACCAGCAAACAAAAACGGCACGUCUGGCUCGGACUCCCCAGGCCAGGCCGUGGAGGCGGAGGAGAUCGUCAAACAGCUGGACAUGGAGCAGGUGGAGGAGACCCCCACCUGCACAGCCACCUCCACCGAGAGUGUGGGCGUCCCCCUGUAUCCCAGCGUCCCCGCCCCAGCCCCUCGGCCCCCGCCCCCUCCCGAGGCAGUCCCCGAGGAAGGGGAGAUCGUUUCCGACCCUGACCUCCCCCCUCUCACAGCCCCCGGCUCCACCCCCGAGGGGGGCUACUCCGAGGCUCCGCCCGCGUCGCCCGCAGAGGGCUCGUACGAGGAGGACUGGGAGGUGUUUGACCCGUACUUCUUCAUCAAACACGUGCCCCCCCUGACAGAGGAGCAGCUAACCCGCAAGCCAGCACUUCCUUUGAAGACCCGCAGCACGCCAGAGUUCUCCCUGGUCCUAGACCUGGAUGAGACGCUGGUACAUUGUAGCUUAAACGAGCUGGAGGAUGCAGCGCUUACUUUCCCCGUCCUCUUCCAAGAUGUCAUAUACCAGGUGUACGUGCGGUUGAGGCCGUACUUCAGAGAGUUCCUGGAACGGAUGUCUCAGAUAUACGAGAUCAUUCUCUUCACCGCUUCUAAGAAGGUGUAUGCAGAUAAGUUGCUGAAUAUCCUCGAUCCCAAGAAACAGUUGGUUCGACACAGGUUAUUUCGCGAGCACUGCGUUUGUGUGCAGGGAAACUACAUCAAGGACCUGAAUAUCCUUGGGAGGGAUCUGUCAAAGACCAUCAUAAUUGACAAUUCACCACAAGCCUUUGCCUAUCAGCUCUCCAACGGGAUUCCCAUUGAGAGCUGGUUCAUGGAUAAGAAUGACAGCGAACUCCUGAAGUUGGUUCCUUUCCUGGAGAAACUUGUGGAGCUGAAUGAGGACGUUCGGCCACACGUGAGGGAGCGCUUUCGUCUGCACGACCUCCUGCCCCCAGACUGAGCCCGGCCCCCCGGCCCUCCAGCCCCAGAGGACGAAAAACGAAGGAAAUAAAUACGAACAAUUCAACGAAAGAUAAACAAACAAACAAACAAACAAACAAAAAAAAAAACACGUUCUAAACUUUGGAUUUACAACAAA